AUGGCCUCCAACGAUCCUGCCAUGGACGACACGCCGAACAGCAACAGCACUCAAAUGGAACAUGUUCCUGCUCCAACUGUGCCGGCUCACCCUGCCGUCACCUCAACCUCGUUGCCGCACCUGGGUGACUUCAUUACCAAGUUGAUUGAAGACGCCUACAAGGUCCAGAGUUUGAGUUCGGAACUCGAGCAGACCAAGGAGAAGUUGCGCGAGGCGGAGAAUAGGAUCGCCGAGCUGGAGAUUGACAACCAGACCAUCCAUAAGGAUACCAACAACGUCAGAGAGCUUCUCAGCGCUGCCAGAGAGGAUGAGAAUGCAGCCAAGACCAAACUGCAGGCUCAGGAAGAUUCGGUGAAGUGUCUCGAGGCGGCUUUGAGAGACAAGAACACGGCUUUGAGAGACAAGGACACGGCUUUGAACGGAUCCAUUCCCAAGUCAAGGAUCGCCAACUAUAAGUUCAAACUCGGCAAGAUUGACCGUUGCGACGACGAGAAAACGGAUGCUUUCUGGUCCAUUCUCGAUCAUGCUGAAGAGAUAUACCACGAACCCAGAGUCAACGAGCAGGUAAAGAAAUUUAGCGAAUUGGUGGAUGAUACCACUUCCCGCUUCAGCGCCCUGUAUGACGCUUUCGAGUCCGAUCUCGCGGAAGCCAGCAUCUCCAGCGCUUAG